AUGCCCCAAGCUAUCUUGCAAAGCAGCCCAGAACUCUCAAUAGUUCUGGACAAAGGGACUACCUUCAUAGGCGGCGAGACAAUCCGUGGUCAUGUUAUCCGAAAGUCCCCCUUGGUGGACCCGGAUUCCUCUGUUCUCGUUCGUGUCAACGGGAGGACUAAGGUCAAGAUUCGUUUUAACAGUGGCAUGACACAUAGGGAAUAUCGCAGUUGCUUCAGCUUCUUCGGGGGCUCGAGCGAAGUUCAUAAGAGCCACCAGGGCCCUAUCCACAUACCGCCUAAUAGCCCUGAGAAAGGGAGGUGGCCGUUUGCUAUUGCACUCCCCAAGCAUCCGAACCUAGCGUCUCUAAAGAGGAAUAACGAGGAUGAAAGGAGUUAUUUGUCUCUUAGUGACGUCUCGUCGCAAGGGCUUCCUCCGACCUUUUACGUGAGAGCCCACUCUUUGGGUAGAGUGGUCGAAGGGUACGUCGAGUAUCACCUGGAGGCGACGUUGCUUAGCAGCGGCAAGAAAAAUAGCGGCAAGCAAGACCAAGCCACUCAACCACUCUGUGUACGGCCGAUCUCGUCGCCAAUUCCAAUCACCGACUUCGACCCUAAACAUCGUUCUGAGUUUAAGCAGAGAAUAGUCUCGCAACGCUUAGUCCCAGGCAUGGACUCUAAAAUUCCCGUCGGCCAAAGAAUCAAGAAGAUUCUCGGUUCAUCCCAAAUUCCGGCCUACUCGUUCUCUCUCCAGUUGGACUUUGCCGCUAUACUACAGAUUGGAAACCCCAAUACUAUUCCUCUACGAUUGCGAGUGAAACCAAUGUGGGAGGAUACAAGUGAGAUUUUACGAAAAAAGCCGCAAAUGAUUAUAGUCAAGCAGUUUACCUUGACCCUACUAUCGACAACGCACUAUACUUCCAAGCGGUUGAGACCGGACGAAUUGCAAGAUACAUCUUCGCUCAUCUUGGCGAAUUAUACUUGGAGAAAGGGUCCUAAAGAAGCAUAUAAGGCUAAUGCGACGCCACCAAAGGAUCAAGCAGAUGCACCCCCGAGCGCAGAUACACUCUUUGUGCCUCAGGAUAAUACAUCUCCACCAAUUGAUCUAGGCAUUGCCCUAGGGAUACAGACACCUAUGAGCUCUAAAGGGGCGGAGAUAUAUCCGACAUUCACGACAUAUAAUAUUAAGAAUGAGCAUCAUCUUGAGUGGAAGUUGGCCAUUUCAAUCGCAGGAGAGAUUGCUAAGUAUGAAGGAAAGCAACCAGUUACAGUGAUGGGGCCAAGCUCCAGCUUGUGA